AUGGCACGCAGGUACGAAUCCCACGGCUGUCGUGUGGGGUGUCAUCUUAAAUGCCAUCGGCCGAAGCUCAUUGAAAUACCAAAGGGUGACUGGUUCUGCGCCGAGCAUGCUCCUGGUGGAGGAGCUCGGCCAAAUACGGAGCGAACAGUCACCGUCCAUCUGCCCCCAGGGGCGAAAGGGACGUGUUUGAAACCCAGUCGGGCUUGGUUAAAAGGCCAUUGUGGAGAUGCAGGGCAACCCAUCUGGGAUGCUGGUUUCAUGAACGAGUGCACCAUAUGUGGUCAGUGGUUCUCGCGAGGUGGCUACCUCGAGCAUGCGAAGUGUGACACUCCCAUUAAGCCAACUGAUGGCAACCGCUUGGCGAACGGUGAGAUGACGAAUUCACUCGUUGAGUGGGAACCAGGAUACCCCGGGUAUCCUGGUAAGUCACAGUAG